CAUUACAUUACUGAAGAAGAUUUUCGUGAUAUUGCUGCAGCUAACAUGAAUACAGUUCGUAUUCCUGUUGGCUAUUGGAUAAUUGACUUUGAUAAUCAACCAGGUGGUGAUCCAGAGGGUUGGAAAGUUUAUGCACCUGUAUUAGUUUCUUUUCAUGCUGCUAAUGGUAGUCAAAAUGGAAACGAUCAUAGUUCACCUGCUGACCCAGGCAAUUCACAUUGGUCCGCAUAUUCAGAAAAUGUUGAAAAUGCAUUAGACGCUGUCGAAUGGUUGGCACAAAGAUAUUCAGCUGAUGAUGUUGCACUUUUAGGUAUUGGUUUACUCACUGAACCCGAAGCACCAUUGCUAUAUCAACAAGGACCUUAUGCUAGUGACUGGGCUAAUUUCAUAGGAUUCGCCACGAAUGGCACCGUUAUCAAAUUUGGAAAUACGAAGGUUGAAGUAAAUGAUGAUGAUGAUUUGCGUCUCUAUGCUCAAGCACAAAUUGAUGUAUUCAAACUAGCCACUGGGGUGUGGACAUAUUGGACAUGA